GGCGCAGCGGUGGACCCGAAGAUAAAAUGCCAAGACCAUCGCGCGAGUCAUACGGCGAACAGAAGCCCCCCUACUCCUACAUCUCGCUUACGGCAAUGGCGAUAUGGUCGUCCCGUGAAAAGAUGCUACCACUUGCUGAGAUAUACAGGUUCAUCGCUGACCGAUUUCCCUACUACCGCCGGGACACGAGACGAUGGCAGAAUUCUCUGAGGCACAAUCUAUCGUUCAACGAUUGUUUCAUCAAGGUUCCCAGGGGUCCUCACACCCCGGGCAAAGGUGCCUACUGGGCGCUGCAUCCAGCGGCGUUAUCAAUGUUUGAGAACGGUUCGUUCCUCCGUCGUCGGAAGAGGUUUAAACUCCCGAAGGCAGCGAAAGCCGAGAGUCAGGCGUUGGCUGAAACGGCGGCCCGAUUGGCUGCGACGAACAAUUGCAGCGGGGCCGAGAACUUCGGACCUUCGAUUUCGGACAGCAAUUCCGGGUCCUUCCACCACCACCAAGGAAUCAGCCUAACGCAGAGGCAAAUCGACUUCCUUCAGGCGACCUCCAGCUUGGCGGGUCUUCACACCCUUUACCCCGUCGCUAGAGACCAACGCGCCAUUUCUCUACCAUCCGAGUAUCACACUCCGCCAAGGAGCGAGUUCUCCACCGGGUACAACGUCAAGGAGUUUGGCACCUUAGCCCAAUCUGGCACGACUAUUCUUCCCGGAACUGAUUCCGACUCCAGGAUACUACCUAAGCGACCGAAGCCGCUCAAUCCGGCCCACAAGUCUUUCAGCAUCGAGAGCAUCAUCGAGUCCUCGACGGAUUCUACCGCGAGUCGAUCUUCCAGGACAGCGGGACUGUCGAGCCUGAACCCACUCCUCUCGACGUCGACGUCGGUCGGUCUUCUGCCGCCCUGGUGCGGACCCAGUAUCUACACCUCAGGAAUGACGACGUCGCCUAGCGUCUACCCUCUGCACCUUCACCAGGCAGCCGCCGUUUACGCGACGGCUUUGGCCACGGCGAACCUCUUCGGUUCCCAUCCGGGACUCCAGGGACCCGGGAAGACCUCAGCGAGCUCAGCACCGACCCCGGCGUCCACUGCGUCCCUCUACGGACUUUACGCUGCCGGAUUUCCGGCUAUGCUGGGACUCGGUCCGACUGCACCUAUUCCUGAAACUACCCUCGGCCUCUCGGUACCCCAUCCCAUCAGCCUCCCACCCACCCCCACGACAUCCCCGACCAUUCUUGCCCUGCCCCAACCACCCCAUGGUCCAGACAGCUCGACGACCUCCAGCUACAGUCCGGGGCAAUCUUGCACAGACUUGGCAUCCACGUAGUAGCAUGAGUACGUUUGAUGCAGAUUUUUAACUUGAAUUUUGGUCGAGACGCCGGAGUUGAGGACGCGAAGAUGGUUACCAGAUAUUUUAAGGUUAUGAAUG